GGGCGCACACGGCCGGCCGAGUUCCGGGCUGUGCAGCUCCAGGGCCUGGGCCGCUUCCUUCAAGAAAACAAGCAACUUCUGCGCGACGUGCUGGCCCAGGACCUGCAUAAGACCCCCUCCCUGGCAUGUGGAGUGUGGCAGGCACCUGACCUUCACUCCUGAACAGUCACAGCCACCCUGUGAUGCAGGCUCCAUGGCUGUCCCCAUGUUGCGGAUGAGGAAACUGAGGCACUCAGGGGUUAACAUUGCUUGCCCAAGGCCACACAGCUAGGAAGUCACAGAUCAGAAUUGCAGCCAUGCGCAGUUCCCAGGGGACCGCAGUGCCUCCCAUAGGAGCUGUGUUUAGCUGUCCGGUGGUGGUGGUGCCUGCGUGUGCCCUCCUCAAAUUCUAGACCCCUCCCUUUCCACUCUGAAUUCCACAUCCACCACAGUCAGCCAUCGAGGCAGACAUAUCCGAGCUCCUCCUUUGCCAGAACGAGGUCGACUACGCUCUCAAGAACCUGCAGGCCUGGAUGAAGGACGAACCGGGGUCCACAAACCUGUUCACGAAGCUGGACUCGGUCUUCAUCCGGAAGGAACCCUUUGGCCUGGUCCUCAUCAUUGUACCCUGGAACUACCCCGUGAACCUGACCCUGGUGCCCCUGGUGGGCGCCCUCGCUGCAGGGAAUUGCGUGGUGCUGAAGCCGUCAGAAAUCAGCCAGGGCACAGAGAAGGUCCUGGCUGAGGUGCUGCCCCAGUACCUGGACCAGAGCUGCUUUGCCGUGGUGCUGGGCGGACCCCAGGAGACAGGGCAGCUGCUAGAGCACAAGUUUGACUACAUCUUCUUCACAGGGAGCCCUCGUGUGGGCAAGAUUGUCAUGACUGCUGCCGCCAAGCACCUGACACCUGUCACCCUGGAGCUGGGGGGCAAGAACCCUUGCUACGUGGACGACAACUGCGACCCCCAGACCGUGGCCAACCGUGUGGCCUGGUUCCGCUACUUCAACGCCGGCCAGACCUGCGUGGCCCCCGAUUACAUCCUGUGCAGCCCCGAGAUGCAGGAGAGGCUGCUGCUCGCCCUGCAGAGCACCAUCACCCGUUUCUAUGGCGAUGACCCCCAGAGCUCCCCAAACCUGGGCCGCAUCAUCAACCAGAAACAGUUCCAGCGGCUGCGGGCAUUGCUGGGCUGCGGCCGCGUGGCCAUUGGGGGCCAGAGCGACGAGAGCGAUCGCUACAUCGCCCCCACGGUGCUGGUGGACGUGCAGGAGACGGAGCCUGUGAUGCAGGAGGAGAUCUUCGGGCCCAUCCUGCCCAUCGUGAACGUGCGGAGCAUGGACGAGGCCAUCGAGUUCAUCAACCGGCGGGAGAAGCCCCUGGCCCUGUACGCCUUCUCCAACAGCAGCCAGGUUGUGAACCAGAUGCUGGAGCGGACCAGCAGCGGCAGCUUUGGAGGCAACGAGGGCUUCAGCUUCGUGACUCUGCUGUCUGUGCCGCUCGGGGGAGUCGGCCACAGUGGGAUGGGCCGGUACCACGGCAAGUUCACCUUCGACACCUUCUCCCACCACCGCACCUGCCUGCUCGCCCCCUCCGGCCUAGAGAAGUUAAAGGAGAUCCGCUACCCGCCCUAUACCGACUGGAACCAGCAGCUGUUACACUGGGGCAUGGGCUCCCAGAGCUGCACCCUCCUGAAAAACCAGGCCAUACAGAGAUAGGAGCUGAAGGGGCACGGUGAGAAGUGACCAGAAGGGAAGGGCCCCCUGUCUGGUGGACACGUGACUCGCGUGACUUUAUCAAUCAUUGGAGACGACUCACACUCCUUACCCUGCCCCUUUUGCGUUGUAUCCAAUAAAUAACAGUGCGGUCAGGCAUUCGGGGCCACUACCGGUCUCCGCACCUUGGUGGUAGUGAUCCCCUG